AUGGUCAACACGACAGUAUGGGCCGCCGCUUACAACGUGCUCCGAGCAAACAACAUGACAACCAUCUUCGGCAAUCCUGGUAGCACCGAGCAGCCCUUCCUCAAGAACUUCCCACCCGAUUUCAACUACAUCCUAGGCGUCCAAGAAGCCUCCGUAGUCGGCAUGGCCGACGGCUUCAGCCAAGCAACCAUGAACCCAACCCUCGUAGUCCUGCACACGGCCGCGGGCACCGGUAACGGCAUGGGCAACAUCAUGACCGCCUUUACUAACAAGUCUCCACUCGUCAUCAUUGCCGGCCAGCAGGCAGCCGAAAUGGUGAUUGGUGAUCCGUAUCUGACCAACCGUGAUCCGACGCUCCUGCCGAUGCUGUGGGUCAAGUGGGCGUACGAGGUUACUUCGCCUGGUCAGGUGCCCGAAGCGAUUAUCAGAGCGAUUGCAACAGCUAGUCAACCGCCUGCUGGGCCGGUGUAUCUUGUCGUACCGUUGGAUUUCUGGAGUGCGCAGGUUGAUGAGGAGUACGACACACGGAGGUUCAGUACGGUGGUUGCACCGGACCCGGCACGAGUCGCUGACUUUGCCGGUCGCAUCUCGAAAGCUGGUAAGAUCGCUCUAGUAUACGGCGAGGAGGUCGACAUAAGUCUUGCCUGGAGCGAGGGCGUUGCGCUUGCCGAGCUGCUACAGGCACCCGUGUAUUGGGCUCCGCUCGCAUCACGCGCAUCGUUUCCGUUCGACCACCCGCUGUACAGAGGCUCCCUGGCUCUUGGUCAAGGUCCGAUCGCCGAACAACUUGCAAGCUAUGAUCUCGUGCUUGCGGUGGGUACGGAGGUUUUCAGGUACUAUCCGUGGGCUCCUGGCCCUGUUCUUGCGAACCGUACGAAGCUCCUGCAGACCACCAACAGCCCACAUGAUGCUGCCGCAGCGCGGGUGGGUGACAGUAUCCUGACCGAUGCAAAGCUGUUCUUGCAGUCUGUCGUUCCGUUGAUCCGCAAUAAUACGAGGCCGAUUGCAGCAGCCAGCCAGAUGCCAACGACAUCGCAGGCAGCGGCAUCAACUUCGUCAGCGGGUCUGUUUUCCCAGCCUUCGGCGUCGAGCAAUAGCUCUCUGAUGAGCUCUGCCGAGGCCUUCAAAGCAAUCGCAAUGGGACGUAAAGCGUCGGAUAUUCUCUUCCAGGAGUCUCCCUCAAACGUAGCAGACCUGCUGACCGCCUGGCCGAUUGUCGAGCAAUUUACCUACUUUUCGUACGCUAGUGGCGGACUUGGCUGGGCUCUUCCCGCGUCCAUCGGCUUCGCUCUGGCGCAAACGAACAGGACAACCUUCGCUGUUGUCGGAGAUGGAAGUCUGCAAUACUCGAUCCAGAGCUUCUGGACGGCCGUGCAGCAUAGAGCGAACGUGAUCAUCCUCGUUCCUCGGAAUGGCGAGUACGCCAUCUUGAAAGAGUUCGCUGUCCAAGAGGAGACACCCGGCUGUCCGGGCCUCGAUAUACCUGCCAUCAGCAAUACAAUGAUUGCCGAGGGCUACGGUAUGCAGACCUUCCGUGCAGACACUCCAGCAGACUUGUUUAACACAGUGGAGAUGGCUCGCCAAGUCGUUGGACCUGUGCUCAUCGAAUUCGCAAUCAGUCCCGCAUACGGAGCACUCCCAGCGUAG